GCGAGCGGCGCGCGCGGGCGGGGCGGAUGGCGGCGGCGGCCUGAGGGGCCCGGGCGGCGCGCGCCAUGCACAGCCUGGGCACGGCCGCGAUGCACGUUCACCACGUGUGUAGCACUUCCUAGAGCUGUUUGAUUCUUCGCUCUGUGUUGGGUUUGGGAUGUGCUGCUGGCAAGACCAGCAGUUAGAGCUGUUUUCAGAUGAUUAGCUCAAGAUCUGCUUGGACUGACGAGCCAAGAAGACCUGUGCCAACAGCGCUGGCUCAGGUUGACCGUGAAAAGAUCUACCAGUGGAUCAAUGAGCUGUCCAGCCCAGAGACACGGGAGAAUGCACUGCUGGAGCUGAGCAAGAAGCGCGAGUCUGUGCCUGACCUUGCCCCGAUGCUGUGGCACUCGUUCGGCACGAUCGCAGCACUCCUUCAGGAAAUUGUAAAUAUUUAUCCCUCAAUCAACCCUCCAACUUUGACAGCCCAUCAGUCCAACAGAGUCUGCAAUGCUUUAGCUCUGCUGCAGUGUGUUGCUUCACAUCCUGAAACAAGGUCAGCUUUUCUGGCAGCUCAUAUCCCUCUCUUCCUGUACCCCUUCUUGCACACAGUGAGCAAGACACGUCCGUUUGAGUAUCUGCGCCUCACCAGCCUCGGAGUGAUCGGGGCCUUGGUGAAAACUGAUGAGCAAGAAGUGAUAAAUUUCUUAUUGACUACAGAAAUUAUCCCCCUGUGCUUACGCAUUAUGGAAUCUGGCAGUGAACUCUCCAAAACGGUUGCUACAUUUAUUCUUCAGAAAAUCCUUCUGGAUGACACAGGGCUGGCAUACAUCUGUCAGACUUACGAGCGGUUUUCCCAUGUUGCCAUGAUACUGGGUAAAAUGGUCCUGCAGCUCUCCAAGGAGCCAUCGGCACGGCUACUGAAGCAUGUUGUCCGCUGCUACCUUCGCCUUUCUGAUAACCCCAGGGCACGUGAAGCUCUCAGGCAGUGCCUUCCUGACCAACUGAAGGACACCACCUUCGCCCAGGUCCUGAAGGAUGACACCACCACAAAGCGCUGGCUGGCUCAGCUUGUCAAGAACCUGCAAGAGGGUCAAGUCACUGACCCACGGGGCAUCCCUCUUCCUCCACAGUGACUGCUGGGGAAAGUGGGGGACAGGGGAAGAAACAGCUCAGGUUUACAAAGAACCAGGAACAGGUGACCUCUUCUGCAACAAACUGGGCGCGCCAGCUGGCUGCCGGCCUGUCGGACCAUCCCACCCAGCCAAAGGGCUGCUCUGUAGCAAUGCAGCAUGCCUCUGGGGAUCACAGCACCAGCAAAUGCUGAUACUACAGCUUAAAAAAACCCACAAAAGAUCAAUAAAAACAAUCUGUAAAGAUCCCCAUCUCUCCUGGAGGCUUGGCUGGCAUCUCCCCCACUGCCAGCCAGGGGCUAGUGCAGAUGUCAGCUCUUCCAGCUAGCUCAGCCUCUGCCCAAGCGGUGUGUGACAUGAGAGGUGCACGCCAUGUCCCUCCAGUUCCGUGUCACUUCUUGUUUACAUGUUGGUUUAGAUGGGUGAGCUAAGUAAAAGCCAAUCCAGUAGUUUUAUCCCCUGUUAAGACUGCUGCUCAGCAGCAGGUAGCCCAGGGACAGCUUUUUUCCCUGCCAGCACAUCCUUGCUCCUGGCUCUGCUUCCAGCUGGCACAGCAAGCUUCUCCCUUCCCUUUGGCAUGGAGGCAGUGGCUGGAGCGGGGCCACCGUGGUGCUUGCACCAAGAGGAGGGAUGGAUUACUUGCCAUGAUCCCACACGUCAUAAGCUUGCUUCCCGGGGCUCUGGGGGAGGAGAAGACAGCGGGACUGGCUCUUGUGCUGUAAAUAGUGCACUCCUGCAGCUAACCAGUGGCUGGAGACUGAUGUGUGCCGGCCUCCCAUCUAGCCUAGCUGUUGCUCAGCUGGUGAAAUGGAGUUCAGUGUUAGGGAACCUGCCUUGUGCUGGGCAGGCCACAGACUGACGAUCCCCUGCUGCAAUCCCACUGGGAGCGACAUCCUGCAGGCUCCAGGUACACUGGCUUCUGUGCCCGCUGCUGCCUGCCAGGCGCCUCUCAGUCCUGGCCCCCUCCCUCUCCCCCCUCCUCCAGCAUAUCUCUGCCAGCCGAGUGCAUCCAUUUCAGCUUUCAAACCUCCCUCGGCGUCUGCCUCGGCCCCACCGCAAUCAAACUGGACCAGCAGCCGCUUACCUGCCUUCCCAGCGCCAAGGGGUUAGUGGGGCUGCCGCCAGCCCUCAGAAACGGCCCAGGAGCUCCCGGGCUCUGCUGCAGCAGAGCCCGUGCUGCCUGCUCUUGGCUGCAGGCAAGCCUGGGCAGCUACUCGAUUUCUCCCCCCUCCUCGAGUAGACCAUUUUGCUGAUCAUCUGCAGUGUUGUGCCAACUGUGUCUUAAAUCCCAUCUCUCCCUUCCCUCCUCCCCUCGCAGCCUUGCGUAACAAGGGCAGAGCACAGCCUCUUCCUUGCUCCUGGGGUCCCGUUUUAUAACCAUUGCCUUUUCCCUCCCCUUCACCCUGACCUUGACAGGGUCUGAAAAUGCUUCUGUUUGUUGGGUUUUUUUUGUUGUUUUGGUUUUGUUUGGUUGUUGGUUGUUUUUUGUUGUUUUUUUUUUGUAAGUUCAGAUUAAUAAAUAAUAAAACCCCAGCUAGCACAGA